UUUUUCUUUAUAUAUACAAUAUAAUGUUUGCUUCAUCAUUCUCUCCACUAAGUCCCCACAAACUUACAAAGAAAAAGACCAACCACAUUUCUUCUUCUUCUUUCUCAUCUUCCCAAAACCUAUAUGAUUUCAUGGCUAUAGCCGUAAGUUUAUCGACCGGUGUUUCGUCUUCUAUUCUCGUAUUUUCCCGCGAUCCGAUCAAACGGGUUUCGAGGGGUAGUUUGGUCAUGAUGUGUGCCGCUGGUCCCGUGCCAGCUGGCAUCCAGAUCAGAUCAUAUGAUCACAACAAGAUCAAGGUGUUUGAAGAUAAAUUAAAUGGUGUAGUUUGCUACAAAGAUGCAAAUGGAGAGAUGAUUUGUGAAGGAUACGAUGAAGGCCCUCGUUUUUCUCAUCGAACUUCUUGUGAUUCAAGUGGAGAGGCUGAGAUAGUAGACUUGCUUCAGAGAUGCUGGCUUCAUGAAUCUGAUGAGAAAGAGCUGACUAUAUUUUGACAUCAUAGAAAUACUCUAGUUUUUGAGGAAUUAGAAGAUGUUUUGUAUAUUGAUAACAAGAAUUAUUAAUCUUCAGAAACAGAAUAUAAUGUGGAUGAAAUCCAGAAAUCUAUGAAAUCAUGUAUUUCUUUCUUGAUUUUUCA